GAAUCCCAAAGUGGAAACAGUAUUCCACUCCAGUGUCUCGUAUUGUGCUUUUCUUCAGAUUCUUACUGAACGUUUUUUUUUCAAUCUUCAACUCCGAAACAUUUCUAAACGACAUGUCUCAAGUGAUAGAUUAUUCUUACUUCAUGAACAAUCGCUCUGUGAGAAGACGUCCUGCCUUGACAAGGGAGAUAACCAAGAGACAGUACGGUGCUUCCAAGGACUUGAUUUCUCUGGCCGAAGGUGUACCAAACGAAGUCACGUUUCCUUUUGAAAAAUUCACCGUCAAGCUUAAAGAUGGUACCGAGUUCGAUAUCGCAGGACAGGAACUUACAGCAGCUCUCCAAUACAUUCCGACUCAAGGUUACCCCCCUCUUGUAAAGUCAGUCAAGGAGUUCAUGAGACGUGUUCACGAUGUAUCGAACUGGGAUAAAUACGAAACUUUGGUUACCGGUGGUUCACAGGAAGCAAUGAGCAAGGCCCUUGAGAUGAUCCUGAACGAAGGGGAUAGCAUUCUAGUUCAAGAUCCAUACUAUGCUGGAACUGAAGCUAUUUUGAAACCAUACAAUAUAAAAGUAAUUGGAGUGGAGCAAGAUCGCUAUGGAGUUAUUCCAAAGAAAUUGAUCGAAGCAUUGGAAAAUUGCAAAAAAUAUACAGAAGAGGGCGGAGGGAAUAUGCCAAAAGUAAUCUACCUCAAUCCAACAGGUAACUUACGUAAAAUGCACAUAUCAAGUGCUACUAUCCACUCGAGCGUACUGUCGCAGGUCAUUCUGGAAAAGCUCUUCCAACUGUGGGGAAUCGACGGUCUCCUGUCCUACUUCGCAAGAGUCAGAGCAUUCUACAAAGUUCGUUGCGACUACACCAUGGCAUCUAUGGAACGACACCUGAAGAAUCUUUGCGAAUGGGAAGUCCCCACCGGAGGGAUGUUCAUCUGGUUCAAAGUCCUAGGAGUAUCAGACGUGUAUGAAAUGCUCCUGAAUCGCGGACUCAAGAAACACAUUACUUUCAUUCCCGGGCAGAACUACAUGGCGGAUCCAACCAAAGCCUGCAACUAUGUCCGUGCGUCCUACAGCAAGGCCAGCUUGCAGCAGAUCGACAAGGCCAUGCAAAUUUUGGCAGAACUGAUAAGGGAGGAGCAUGUUUUGUUGCGCAGAAAGUUGGAUAAUCUGGGCAAUGACAUUAUCAGAUAGGUUUGAAUCGGAAGUAGCGCAGGAAAAUACAGGACCUACAAGAAGCCCGAUAUUUGGGCUUUCAUAACGGGGGGAAGGCUUAUUUUUUCACAUCGCGAAGGAAAGAGAGAGUUUUGCCGCUAUCAAAUCCUUGGGUUGUGAAAGAAAACGCCUUUCUGCGAAAUAUAAGAGAUUCCAACGGAGUGGAUAGCUGAAGCUAGCAAGAGAAACGAAAAGGGGAAUAAUAUUUCCAAUUUCUAAUUCAAGGCAUCUGCGCUACCUUUUCAUUUAUAGUAAUAGUAUUUUCAUGUUCACUGGUGUGGGGUUUUACACUGCUUUCUCUCCAUCUAUCGGCUAGGGAUGGAAACAGCUUUCGUUAGAUUCCUUUUUAAGCCGAGUGAGCUCGUUUGGUUCCGCUGAGGUAGAUGGCGACUGUAGUUGCAUGUUUGAGAAAAUUCUAAGUGUUGUAAUCAAUAGAUGUUCAUGUAAUGGAAUUAUCAAGUUACAGAAACGUAGCAUUAAAGAGAAAGAAUAUGGAUUGUGUGGUUUUAAUGAUUUUAACAAUAAUCAAUAAAUGAGUUCAAUUUUA